AUGCCUGGAGAAGCCAUGCUUCCUGCCGAGGUUAAGAGGGUUGACCACUGUUUACAGCAAGCUGACAGAGACUCUGACAAACAUGAUCAUAUGGAUUGGGUGCUACUCCAAUCAAUCAACAACUGCGAGCCAUUCAUUUCUUCCCGUGAGAUCCUAUCCCUGACCUUGCCCUUGGCAUUAUUGCCGCGGUGUAUUCUCUCAUGGGAUCUGGUUUGCGUAUACCAACUCUACCUCCCUGAUCUCGCCUCAAAAGCCAGCACUGGCAUCAUGCCGCGCCUUGUCGAUAACUCUCAGAUACAGUCUGCGUCGUUACAUAAUCCUCUUCCUCUUCAGCUUCAUGCCUAUGUUUGGCCAUUUCUGAUCAUAUGGCCUACCUUCCUUGCUGUCUAUCUCUCUCCCGAACGUUAUGAUACGUAUAUCCAGGGUUCAGAAUGGACUUUUCUUUGGGCAGGAGGAAUCUUUACCCUACAGGCCCUGGUAUGGCUGUCUACGAAAUGGAACGUUAAUGUCCAAGCUUUGUUCACGACGUCUACGGCGAAAUCGGUUUACUCCGCCAAACUUAUCAAAGUUUCGCCGGUAGUCAACGCCGGGUCUGCGGAAAUUUGUCCGUUGCUUCGAGAAAAAUACGCAGGAAAGGAUGAUAUCUCUUUCCUGUUUCAGAAGCGCCGAUUUUUGUAUUAUCCGGAUAGAAAUACAUUCGCACCCCUUUCGUACGCUAUUGACACGGAACCGAAGCCUCUCCUCAAAACCUUCCAGCACAGUCAAGGGUUGAAGACGGAUAAGGAAAUUGGUGAGAAUCAAAACCACUAUGGGGACAAUACGUUCGACAUUCCUGUUCCUACUUUCACUGAGCUCUUCAAGGAACAUGCUGUCGCGCCCUUCUUCGUGUUUCAAGUCUUUUGUGUCGGGCUCUGGCUGUUAGACGAAUACUGGUAUUAUUCGCUAUUCACCCUCCUUAUGUUGGUGACUUUCGAAAGUACCGUCGUGUGGCAACGGCAGAGAACACUUAAUGAAUUCCGAGGGAUGAGCAUAAAGCCGUACGAAGUUUGGGUUUACCGAAAGAACGCCUGGACUGAGAUCAAGAGUGAUAAGUUACUUCCCGGGGACGUUCUAUCGGUCAACCGGACAAGGGAAGACAGCGGCGUAGCUUGCGAUAUCCUCAUGAUUGAGGGCAGUGUGAUCGUUAAUGAGGCCAUGCUCUCUGGCGAAAGUACUCCUCUCCUCAAAGACUCCAUCCAACUUCGACCCGAGGACGACCAACUUGAUCCGGAGGGCUUGGACAAGAAUUCGUUCUUGUAUGGUGGGACAAAGGUUCUACAAAUCACACAUCCCAACUCUGCGGCCUCACCCCCCAAUGGUAUUCCAACCCCUCCUGACAAUGGUGCCCUGGGUGUUGUCGUGAAAACUGGCUUUGAAACCAGCCAGGGCAGCCUUGUUCGCACCAUGAUUUAUUCUACAGAGCGCGUUUCUGCGAACAAUGUGGAAGCCCUGUUAUUUAUUCUGUUCCUCCUAACGUUUGCCAUUGCGGCCUCUUGGUAUGUCUGGCAGGAAGGUGUAGCAAAGGACCGGAAACGAUCCAAGUUACUGUUAGAUUGCGUUUUGAUCAUCACAAGUGUCGUUCCUCCUGAGCUUCCGAUGGAAUUGAGCCUAGCAGUUAACACCAGUCUGACUGCCCUCAGCAAGUUUGCAAUUUUCUGUACCGAACCAUUCCGAAUCCCCUACGCUGGACGGAUUGAUAUUGCGUGCUUUGAUAAAACUGGAACCCUAACCGGCGAAGAUCUCUUGGUGGAUGGAAUCGCUGGCCUUACCUUGGGUCAUGCGAGCGCAAAGACUGACAAACAUGGAGCUCACACCGAUAUUACCCCCGUUGAGAAAGUUGCGAAUGAGACAACUCUUGUUCUCGCCACAGCACACGCCUUGGUGAAAUUGGAUGAAGGGGAAAUUGUUGGUGACCCGAUGGAAAAAGCGACAUUGAACUCUCUCGGAUGGGUUCUGGGUCGUGAUGAUAUUUUGACAAGCAAAGCCACUGGUGCUUCACGGCAACCUGGAAGGGCUCUCGAUUCUGUUCAAAUUAAACGACGAUUCCAGUUUUCUUCUGCUCUAAAACGUCAGAGUGCAAUUGCCACGGAUGCUGGAUAUACGACUCUCAUGUGCGGCGAUGGCACUAAUGAUGUUGGUGCACUUAAACAAGCUCAUGUUGGUGUCGCCCUGUUGAACGGUUCUCAGGAUGAUCUCAACAAAAUCGCAGAGCAUUGGAGGAACACCAAGAUGAAAGAGAUCUACGAGAAGCAAGUCUCGUUGAUGCAAAGAUUUAAUCAACCCGCCCCCCCAAUUCCGGCGAACAUUGCGCACCUAUAUCCUCCCGGACCAAACAACCCUCACUACGAAAAAGCAUUGAUUCGUGAGGCACAAAGGAAAGGCAUCACUGCCCCCGCCGCCAUUGGAGGAAAUGGAAUCCCAACCGUGACAUCUCCAGGUGCACAUGCCAUACAACAAUCGACUAUGAACCUAACGCCUCAGCAACUCCAGCAACGCCAGGCGUCAGUUGCUGCAGCCGGAUUUGCCGAUAAGUUGACGGCCACGAUGAUGGAGCAAGAAUUAGAUGACAACGAACCCCCCACGAUCAAGCUGGGAGAUGCUUCGGUUGCCGCACCGUUCACCAGCAAACUUGCAAACGUUAUUGCAAUCCCCAAUAUUAUCCGUCAAGGCCGAUGCACGCUGGUUGCAACUAUCCAAAUGUAUAAGAUCCUUGCGCUUAACUGCUUAAUCAGUGCGUAUAGUUUAAGUGUCAUAUACCUUGACGGCAUUCGAUUUGGUGAUGGUCAGGCAACUAUCAGCGGCAUACUAAUGAGCGUUUGCUUUUUGUCAAUUUCUCGUGCGAAGUCUGUCGAAGGUCUUUCCAAAGAGCGUCCACAACCUAACAUAUUCAACAUGUACAUCAUGGGGUCCGUCCUAGGCCAAUUCGCGGUCCACGUCGCAACCUUGAUAUAUCUAUCCAACUACGUCUAUACAAUAGAGCCUAAAAAAGAAGUCAUCGACCUAGAAGGCGAAUUUGAACCCUCCCUCCUCAACAGUGCCAUCUACCUCCUCCAACUAAUUCAGCAAAUCUCCACCUUCUCCAUAAACUACCAAGGCCGUCCGUUCCGCGAAUCUAUCCGUGAAAACCGUGGUAUGUACUGGGGUCUCAUCCUGACAUCCGGCGUCGCCUUCUCCUGCGCGACGGAGUUCAUUCCGGAACUCAACGAGAAGCUCCGCCUUGUUCCAUUUACGACCAUGUUUAAGGUCACGUUAACAGCACUGAUGUUGGCGGAUUACAUCGGUUGCUGGCUCAUCGAGAAUAUCUUGAAGACGUAUUUUAGCGAUUACAGGCCGAAGGAUAUUGCGGUGCGGAGGCCCGAUCAGUUGGCAUGGGAAGAGGAGAGAAAAAAGAAAGAAGCAGUGGCGGAGGAGAAUGAGAAAGAAUCGAAGAGGAAAGUUUGA